GCAGCCUGCUAUCACAACCAGAGCCUGAAAGCUUGUUUCUGUUCCCUACAAGCCGAGCUACACCCAUUAACAAGGGACUAGCGAGGCUUCGUUUGAAGUAUUGGAAAGCUCCUUUCCUCGCUGGAUCAUAGCAAACACACCUGACCUGAAGUCAAUUCAGCCGAAAAGGGAACACUAAGUUAAUUUAGUGCCACAAUGUUUAAUCUAAAGAAAAAGGAGAAGGAGAAGAAGGAGAAAAAGGAGAGGAUGUCUGCAGCAGAGCUGCGCAGUCUGGAGGAGAUGAGCAUGCGCCGUGGUUUCUUCAACCUGAAGAGGGAGUCGAAGCGGGAAUCUAGGAACAAGCUUGAGAUUUCCAACCCCAUUCCCAUCAAAGUGGCCAGCACCAGUGAUCUCCCCCUCACUGACAUUGAAUUAGAUGGCUUGAGUAACCGAAGCAGCAUGAUCCUGGAUGACCAACUAAGCAUUGCCAGCUCCAAUGAUGAUCUGAAGGGUGAGGGUGGAGGAGGACAGGAUGGACAACGCAGCUCAGUGCGAGAUCGAGUUGCUCACUUCGGUUCACUUGCCAAGCAGAACUCUACACAGAUGAUGAAACGCUUCUCCUUUUCCCAGAGAAGCAAAGAGGAGAGCCCUUCAGAGGGAUCCACCCCUUCAGGCCAGAAUUCUGCUGCCCCAUCCCCACAGGUGGAGAGUAAAGUUUUCAGCAUGCUCCGCAAGCACAGCCUCAAGCAGCAGCCUGGAGCAGAAGCCCCCAAAAGAAUCUCCAUUCCCGAAGUGGUCGAUAAAACCUUCCCUGCACAACUCCAGCUGCCAGCUGUGGUUGCUCCAAGUCCACCUGAAACCCGUGAACUGGAACUCCAGCGCCGUAACACUGGUGACUUUGGAUUUUCUUUGCGUCGCACUACAAUGCUGGACCGCAGCCCUGAUGGAGGAGUGUACAGACGUGUGGUUCACUUUGCAGAGCCUGGUGCAGGCACUAAGGAUCUGGCACUGGGCCUGGUGCCAGGCGAUAGGCUGGUGGAGAUAAAUGGACGAAAUGUGGAGAAUAAGAGUCGAGACGAGAUAGUGGAGAUGAUCCGUCAGUCAGGAGACACGGUGAGGCUGAAGGUGCAGCCAAUACUGGAGUUAAGUGAGCUGAGUCGCUUCUGGCUGAGGAACACGGAGGGGGUGCGCAGGGAGGCCAGACUGGGAUCAGUAGAAGAGGAUCUUAUUGCUCUCCAAGCAUCUCAUGCUGCAGCUAAGCAAUCCCAGGUGAAGACUGAGGAACAGAUUGCAGCAGAGCAGGCCUGGUAUGAAUCAGAUAAAGUAUGGCUUGUCCACAAGGAUGGCUUUUCCCUGGCCACCGUGAUAAAGACAGAAACUGGCUCUCUGCCAGAGGGCAAGGUAAGAAUCAAAAUGGAGCAUGACGGGACUGUACUGGAUGUGGAUGAAGACGACAUUGAAAAGGCCAACCCUCCAUCAUAUGACAGAUCAGAAGACCUAGCUUCACUACUCUAUUUGAAUGAAUCCAGUGUAAUGCACUGCCUGAGGCAACGCUAUGGAGGGAACCUCAUCCAUACCUAUGCUGGACCCAACAUGGUGGUCAUCAACCCUCUCAGCAUGCCCUCCAUGUACUCGGAGAAGGUGAUGAACAUGUUUAAAGGCUGCCGGCGUGAGGAUUCAGCUCCUCAUAUUUACUCUGUGGCCCAAUCGGCCUACCGCAACCUGCUCACCACCCGACAGGAUCAGUCCAUUGUGCUGCUGGGCAGGUCUGGUAGCGGCAAAACCACCAACUGUCAGCACCUUGUCCAGUACCUGGUCUGCAUUGCUGGCAGCACAGGAAAAAUCUUCUCUGCUGAGAAGUGGCAGGCAGUCUACACCAUACUGGAGGCCUUUGGGAACAGCUCUACCACCAUAAACACAAAUGCCAGCCACUUCUCUCAUGUUGUUUCCUUGGACUUUGACCAAGCUGGGCAGGUGGCCUCUGCCUCCAUCCAGACAAUGUUGUUGGAAAAACUGAGGGUGAGCAGACGACCUGAGGGGGAAUCCACCUUCAACGUUUUUUACUACAUGAUGGCUGGAGCCGACAGCAGUCUCAGGACGGAGCUGCACUUUAACCACCUGGCUGAGAACAGUGCUUUUGGGAUCCUGCCACAGACUAAGCCUGAAGACAAGCAGCGAUCCUUGCAGCAGUUCACCAAGCUGCAGGCAGCGAUGAAGGUGCUGGGCAUCUCCAGUGAAGAGCAGAAAGCCCUCUGGCUUAUCCUCGGUGCCAUUUACCACUUGGGGGCAGCGGGGGCGACUAAAGAUGGAGAUGAAGUGGGACGUCGGCAAUUUGCUCGUCAUGAAUGGGCUCAGAAAGCGGCCUACCUGUUGGGCUGCACCUUGGAGGAGCUAUCUUCAUCUAUUUUUAAGCAUCAGGCCAAAGGACUGCAGCAUUCUACCUCAUUCAGAGGACCACCAGAUGAGGCUAGCCAUGGUGAUGGCUUAGGCCCUAAAGUCACAGCUCUGGAGUGUUUGGAGGCCAUGGCAUCAGGACUUUACUCUGAGCUUUUCACACUUGUCAUCUCCCUGAUUAACAGGGCCCUGAAGUCUAGUCAGCACUCUCUGUGUUCUCUGCUGAUCGUUGACACUCCGGGUUUCCAGAACCCUCGGCUGGCUCAUCAGCAGAGGGGAGCCACUUUUGAAGAACUCUGCCACAACUACACCCAGGAGAGGCUACAGACUCUGUUUCAUGAACGGACCUUUGUCAAGGAAUUGGAGAGAUACAAGGAGGAAAACAUAGAACUUGCUUUAGAUGACAUAGAGUCCAACACCUCACUGUCUGUAGCAGUUAUUGAUCAAGCCUCAACCCAAGCUCUGGUUCGUACUCUAGCCAGGACAGAUGAAGCUCGAGGCCUUCUGUGGCUCAUGGAGGAGGAGGCUGUUCAGCCAGGAGGUUCAGAGGAAACCAUGCUGGAAAGACUCUUCAGCUACUAUGGCUCUGCACAGGGAGAAAACAAAGGAGCUAAUCUACUUCUGCGAGGAGAGAAGCCCCACCUCUUCCUGCUGGGCCACAGCCAUGGGACCAAUUGGGUGGAGUAUAACACCCAAGGCUGGUUGAACCAUGCCAAGCACAACCCUGCUGCCCAGAAUGCUGCAACCCUGCUGCAGGACUCCCAGAAGAAGAACAUCAGCGCGCUGUUCAUGGGCCGGGCCAGUGGAGCCACCGUGUUGUCAGGCUCCAUCGCCGGUCUGGAGGGCAGCUCCCAGCUUGCCCUGCGGCGAGCCACUAGUAUGAGGAAAACCUUCACUACAGGUGUGGCUGCUGUCAAGAAGAAGAGUCUGUGUAUCCAAGUGAAACUCCAAGUGGAUGCUCUGAUUGACAUGGUGCGUCGUUCUAAGGUUCACUUCGUCCAUUGCCUACUGCCCAAAGUAGAGGCAGUAGGAGGAGGUGAUUACCGUAUGGCUCAUGGAGAGAGCCCUGACUCAGGUCUUAUGACUUUGGAUGUGAGCCUCCUGAGAGCUCAGCUCCGAGGAUCCAAGCUGCUAGAUGCUCUGCGCAUCUACAGGCAAGGUUAUCCUGACCACAUGGUUUUCUCUGAGUUUCGUAGGCGCUUUGAUGUUCUGGCACCUCAUCUAACCAAGAAGUAUGGCCGCCACUACAUUGUCACAGAUGAGAAGAGGGCAGUGGAGGAGUUACUGGAGUCUUUGGAGCUGGAGAAGAGUAACUACCACAUGGGGCUAAGCAGGGUGUUCUUCAGAGCAGGGAUUCUGUCCAGACUGGAGGAGCAGCGAGAUUUCCAGACGAGAAGGAACAUUUCUCUGUUCCAGGCUGCUUGCAGGGGAUACUUAGCCAGACAGGCGUUCAAGAAGAGAAAGAUUCAGGAUCUGGCAAUCCGCUGCAUCCAGAAGAACAUAAAGAAGAAUCGUGGUGUCAAAGGCUGGCCAUGGUGGAAGCUGUUCACCACUGUCAGACCUCUGAUAGAGGUGCAGCUCACUGAGGAACAGAUCCGUGGCAAGGAUGAAGAGAUCCAGCAACUCAAGCAGAAGCUAGAGAAGGUAGAGAAAGAGAGGAAUGAGCUGAGACUCAACAGUGACCGUCUCGAGAGCCGGAUCACAGAGCUGUCAGCAGAGCUGGCUGAUGAGCGCAACACUGGGGAAUCUGCCUCCCAGUUGCUGGAGACAGAAACUUCUGAGAGACUGCGUCUGGAGAAGGACAUGAAGGACCUGCAGGCCAAAUUUGACAGCACGAAGAAAGAGAUGGAGUCUAUGGAGAUGGAGGUGAUGGAGGCUCGACUCAUCCGUGCUUCCGAACUCAGUGGAGAGGUGGAUGAUGAUGAGACAGGAGGAGAGUGGAAGCUGAAGUAUGAGCGAGCAAUCAGGGAGAUCGAGUUCACCAAGAAGAGACUGCAGCAGGAGCUUGAUGACAAACUGGAGGUGGAGCAGCAGAGCAAGCGGCAGCUGGAGAGGAGGAUCAGUGACCUGGAGGCUGAUUAUGAGGAGUCUCAGCGAAAUAUCCAGCAGCUGAAGAAGAAAGCCCAGCGACUGACAGCUGAGCUGCAGGACACUAAACUUCACCUGGAGGGUCAGCAGAGUCGCAACCAUGAUUUGGAGAAGAAGCAGAGGAAGUUUGACAGUGAGCUGAGUGCAGCCCAGGACGAGGUGCAGAGGGAGAGAAGCCUGAGGGAGAAACUGGCUCGAGAGAAAGACGUGCUGACCGGAGAGGUCUUCGGCCUCCGGCAGCAGCUGGAGGACAAAGACCUGGAAGCUUGUGCAGUCAACCUGAAGCUGGAGCAGCUGGAGGCCGAGCUGCAGGAUCUCAACUCCCAAGAAUCAAAGGAUGAGGCAUCACUGGCCAAGGUGAAGAAGCAGCUUCGUGAUCUAGAGGCAAAGGUGAAAGACCAAGAAGAAGAGCUUGAUGAGCAGGCUGGUACCAUCCAGAUGUUGGAGCAGGGUAAGCUACGUCUUGAGAUGGAGAUGGAACGCUUGCGUCAAACCCAUUCCAAGGAGAUUGAGAGCAAAGACGAGGAAGUGGAGGAGAUCAGGCAGUCAUGUAGCAAAAAGCUAAAACAAAUGGAAGUCCAGCUUGAAGAGGAGUAUGAUGAGAAGCAGAAGGUGCUGAAAGAGAAGAGAGAGCUGGAGUCGAACUUUCUGUCUGUACAGGACCAGGUGAGAGGUGGUGACAUAGAGGUUGAAAAGCGCUUGAGGAAGGACUUGAAGAGAACCAAGGCUUUGCUAGCAGAUGCCCAGAUCAUGUUGGACCACAUAAAGAAUAACGCACCCAGCAAGAGGGAGAUCGCCCAACUCAAGAAUCAGUUAGAGGAGUCGGAGUUCACCUGUGCAGCUGCAGUUAAAGCUAAAAAGUCCAUGGAGGUGGAGAUUGAAGACCUACAUGUUCAGAUGGAGGACAUUUCCAAAACGAAACAGGCGCUGGAGGAGCAGCUGAGUCGUCUGCAGAGGGAGAAGAAUGACCUGCAGUCAAGAAUGGAGGAGGACCAAGAGGACUUCAAUGAGCUGAUGAAGAAACACAAGGCUGCUGUGGCCCAGUCAGCUCAGAACCUGGCUCAGAUCAGUGACCUUCAAGCCCAGCUUGAGGACGCCCUAAAGGAGAAGCAGGAGAUUCAAGAGAAGAUGCAAGCCCUCCAGAGCCAGAUGGAGUUCCAGGAGCAGUCCAUGGUGGAGAAAUCCCUUGUCAGCCGGCAGGAGGCCAAGUGUCGUGAGCUUGAGACCAAGCUGGAGUUUGAGAAGACCCAAGUCAAACGCCUAGAGAGCCAUUUAGCUCGGCUUAAGGAGAACUUGGAGAAGCUGACGGAGGAACGAGAUCAGCGCAGCAGCAGUGAGAUUCGAGAGAAGGAACAGAACAAACGUCUCCAGAGACAGAUCCGUGAUAUCAAAGAAGAAAUGGCUGAGCUGGCCAAAAAAGAAGCAGAGGCCAGCCGCAAGAAGCAUGAGCUGGAAAUGGACAUUGAGAGCUUGGAGGCUGCAAAUCAGAGCCUGCAGGCAGACCUUAAGUUGGCUUUCAAAAGGAUUGGUGACCUCCAGGCAGCCAUUGAGGAUGAGAUGGAGAGUGAUGACAACGAAGACCUUAUUAACAGUUUGCAAGACAUGGUAACAAAGUAUCAGAAACGAAAGAACAGAAUUCAAGGGGAUUCAAACACAGAUUCUGAGGUGGAGGAUCAUGUGGAAGGGGUGAAGUCAUGGCUGUCCAAGAACAAAGGUUCCACCAAAAAUCUCUCUGAUGACGGCAGUCUCAAAAGCUUCAGAAGUGCUGUAAAUGUAGAAGCAAAGGAAGGAAAAGAAUUGAAAGAGGCCCGCCUAGCCAAAGACGCUACCUUUUCGAUAGAUCUGAUGAAGAGGAAGAAGAAGAAGAAAAAGAAGAAGGCGGGGCGUCCCUACACUAUCCUCGAUACAGAUACAACACCAAUGUGAAAGGUCGAGAUGGCGAGGACAAGCCUUACGAGACUGCAUCAUAGCCUUAUGAGACUGUGACAGCUGUGACAUUUUGUCUUGCAUGCAGAGAUCAGCACAUUUGUGGUCAUAUGGACACAACCACACACCCAAACACUCCUACCCCUGCAGGAGAACACAAACACUUAAAAUCAAUGCUUCCUGUGGCAGACCCUCACAGGACAUAAUCGAACAGAUACUAUGGUCUGUUUUUGACCGUGCACUUAUCAGUCUGACCUCACUGCACAAACAGCAGCUCCAUUAUUUACAGCUCGACUGUGCUCAUUGCAUGCAAGCAGCAGUUGCUUUGCUUGAACAGCCAUCUGGUAUAAAACUGAUCAUGGCUGCAACUGAGCCAAAGAACUUGAGCUUGCAAUAAUAAUGGAUCCUUUUUCUCUUUGUCUCUCUUCUGGAUUUACAUGUAAUAUACCACAGUAAUAUAUAUUGCCAUACUACAGUGUAUUGCCAAAAAAGCCUUUGUUCCAAGUAUGUGAGCACACUGCUUUUCUUAUUACCAGUCUUUUUCCUUCCUUCCUUCCUUCCCGUUUGGGAGAAGUGCCAUUUGAUUUAAGUGGGCUCCUCUACAGCUGGCUUCUCUGCAGCUGGGGUGCUUCAUGAACUGCUGCAUGGUACACUUAAGACGCUUUCAUUAUCAUCUCCUCGCUUUUUGUUUGCCUGAAUUCUCUUUUCUCUGCCUUUUACUGGCAAAUUAGUUCUUCCUUCCAGGAGAGCUAUAUCACUUAACUGCUCCACUAUGAAACCCAAACAUUUUUCUCACUUUUAAUCUUUUGUUUCUAAUGUACGACAGAUGUGUUUUUCAGAGGAUUACUGUCAAGCACAUUCAUUUACUUUCAUCUUACUUCUGUGAAAUGGUUUGAGCUAUUUUGAUUUGACUUGACAAAGCAUUUCCCAGGCUUUGUUAGUGAGGAAGACUCUAUGGCUUUGUCCUGUGUGUCAUGCUUACAUGCGCUCUUGUUUCCUUUAGUUUUGAGGUUGAUGUGCUUUCCUUUUUUUAAACGGAAUAGACUUUGGACAACAGUCAUUUGUUGGGUUCUUAUAAAAACUACUAAAAACUGAUCCUCAGCCAGCAUAUAAAAAAAGAAAAAAUCUAGUGUUAUGCUUUUUCUUAUCACCAAAUUACAUGGAAAGAUCAAAACUGACAAUGGUUUUGGAACAAAAUAUGAAGUGCAAAAGUUCGCACGUGCAGUAGUGACCUGAGGGUGGUAUUGAGGUUCCUCCCAACAGGUCCUUGACACUAAGCUAAGAGUGAAACCACUUAAUAUGUAGCUGCAGUUAUAAUCCACAACAGUCUAAGGCAGUUAAGAUUUCAAUGGCUUGUUCAAUUAAACGAUAUAAAACUGUAUUUAUACAGCGCCAAUUCACAACAACAGUCGCCUCAAAGCGCUUCAUAUUGUAAGGUAAAGAUCUUCUAAUAAUACAGAGAAACCCCAACAAUCAGAUGACCCCUAUGAGCGAACACUUUGGCGACAGUGGGAAGGAAAAACUCACUUUUAACAGGAAGAAACCUCUGGCAGAACCAGGCUCAGAGAGGGGUGGGGCCAUCUGCCACGACUGGUUGGGGGUGAGCCCACAUUUUGUCUGGUCAGCAGGGAGGACCUUUGUGUUACCCACAGUCACAGCUGCUACUUCAUUUUUGUACAGUGAGAGGAAGCAGUGACACAUUAUAACAAUCAUUAUAGACAGUCUGUUUGAUGCCAUCAAAGCUCUUAAACUUCCUACUGAAAACAGAAACCUAAAAAAAAAAGCUUUAAAAUAUAUAGUUUUCCUUUUAGAGCUAAUUUUAUUGUUUUAGCCACCCCCUGAAAGGUCAGCUGUGUGACAUUUGCUUCUAUCCAAACGCUAGUUGAUAUCUUUAUUUUUUUCUGAUGUAGGUGGGGUUCUCCUGUAUAACAUGAAGCUGAUCAUAAACACGCAAGAAGCUUUGUUUCACAAACUGCAGUAAAACUCUGGGAUAUGCAUUCUGAAUGCACAGUACUAAUACUUCUAAAAUGGACUAUUGGCUUAGUAGACAUCUCUUCAUUGGAAUGAGAGAUAUCCAUUUCAAUAAAGCUAGUGCUAAGUUAAAAUAUCUAAUAAUCUACUUCUAUCAAAUUAGGAGUGUUGUCUCAUUCAGACAAAUAGCGAAUUACCCGCGUAAACAUAAACAUACUUGGUGAUUUCACACAUGGACCAGAUGUUACAGUUUCCACAGAAGUAAAUGAAUCUUAAUUUGGAUCUCUUUCAGUGAGUUUUAAUAAUGAGAGUGUAAAACAUCACCAAGGUUCAUUUAACUGUAAUGUCUUUAACUGGAUACAUUAUAGCCUGUAUAACCAAUACUGUGAAAUCAUGUUCAGUGUCAUUUAAGCCUGUUCUGUUUUCAGUUUGGCGUUUCCUGAACAGCAAAAGGAAAAAAAAAGAGAACAACCUGCAUUUUAUUUUGACCAAAGGGUGUGUUACAUCACACCCUUUGGUCUUUUGUCUGGUAUUUACUGAGUGGCAUUAGAAAUGUUUGGAAGCAGUUUAAACUUCAGAAAAGCUUCACAUUACGGGGGUGAAAGAAUCAGUGGGUGUUCUUCGUGGGAGGAUUUAGGUGUGAUUCUACUACACAUACUGCGCUUUUUAAGAAAUGUUUAACUUUUCUUCUCUAUGCAGUCUGCACGAGUGUGGAAAUGUGUUUUUUGACCUGAUUGACCUGAUAACAUGUUUUGUUUGAAGACACACACACACACACACACACACACACACACACACACACACACACACACACACACACACACACACAAUAAAAGAAAGUAAAAAAGGUUGACCCAGUACUGACUGCACACACACAAACACAGUAUUUAUAUAUAAAUGUGUUUAUGAUUCAUGCUAGCUUUGAAAAUAUUUCCUAUUUUCAUUACUAUACAAAUUGACCACUUGUUACAAAUUUUGCAUUACUUUUUAAUAUAUUGUAAAUAAAUGAUGGGGAUUGUUUUGGAAUGGCUUCUAGAAUGGUUGACUUGAAGUGUUUUGCUGCUGUGGGAGUAUCUGAUGCACCUACUUUUGUAUCUUCGUGUGUUGUGAGAUAGCAGUAUGGAUGCUAUGGGUGGCUGCUUUUAAUAUUUAUUUCACUGUGUGUAAUUUAAGGGAAAAUCAGCCUGUUUCUUCUGCUGCUUCUUUUGGCUACUCCCUUUAGGGUUCGCCACAUUGGAGCAUCUGCGUCCAUCUAACUGUAUCCCUAGCAUCCUUCUGGCCAGUCCCAAUGAAAAUCUUACCAUCUCAACUUCUAGUUUGACCUGUAUUUUGGUAGUUCCACUGUCUCCAUAUGUCUAUACAUCAUAGCAAGUCUCACUACCAUCAUGUAAACCUUCCUUGUCACUCUCACUGCUAUCCUUCUGUCACAAAUCAACACAGAAACUCGUCGCACUCACUUCAUCGUGCCUGCACUCUCUUCUUGACCUCUCUUGUGCACUCUGUUGCUUUGGAUGAUUGACCCCAGGUAUUUUAACUCCUCUAUUUUAUACUAUCUCUCUCAUUCACACACGUAUUAUGUCUUGCUUCUGUGGAUCAGUCUCUGACUGGCCAUUCAGAUGGGUGACAAAUAAAAGAAAAAAUCUGAAACUUUAACUACUAAGGGCAUCUGUUGACUCUGUUAUGUUGUGGGAGGCAUACCGCUAGCAAUAUUUGGGUCUACUUGUCUUUGUAGAGGUAAAGCAGUUCCUAGUUUAUCCUUUACCAUGUGAAACAUUUCUCUUCUGCAGCUUUUACUUGACAGACAAGCACAACACAAAGUGAAACACAAAACUAAACAAUAAGGGCAAUAAAAUAAAAUACAAUAGGAAAACCAGAUAAAAUCACUGGAUCUCCACCAGGGGUCACUCAAAAAACUGACAUGCAUGAAAAUGUUGUACACAUAUGCUGUGGUUUUCCUAACAAUGAGAUCUCAACCCAGCUGAACACCAUUUGUCAUCUUCAGCAGCAUUAUAGAAGGGUUCAAUAUUUUCUCAUUUGAAUGUUGCUGUAGUUUUAAUGCAAAAGUAAAUUGAGGAUGCAGUGAAACAAAGUCAAUUUGCAGAAGUUGAGGAACCUCUACUGUGUAACAUCAUUGAUCCAGAGACUGAUGCUGGAGCAAUAAACA